AUGCUUAUUAACACAUUGCGUGUCUUAAAUACGAAGCAUAAUGAAUUGAAGUAUUGUUCUUCGAGAAUUUUUCCACGUACUCUAUUAGAUCAUUUUAAGAUAAUGUUUUUUUAUUGGCUCUAUAUCUUUAUUUUGGGUAAUUUUUCCGUUCGUUUGAUCGUUUCAUCAGAUGUUAACGUAAUGCAUCACUCGAAUUGGUUACUCUUAGACCAUGAUAAAUGUGGCAAUUCCAAUACCGAUCGUAUUAUAGGUGGUAAAAACGCUAAUAUGGGUGCGUAUCCGUGGAUUGCUAGAAUAGGAUACAUCAUAGUUAAAUCUAAUCCAAUAAAUUUUAAGGGAUUGGAUUUUAUAUGCGGUGGUACUUUAAUUAAUAAAUACAAUGUAGUAACAGCUGCACAUUGCGUGACAAACUUACCAAAAUGGCUUAAAAUCACCGAUGUUCGAUUAGGAGAAUAUAACACGAUGACAGAUCCCGAUUGUGAAAAAGGAUACUGUGCCGAACCAGUUCAAGAUAUUAAAAUAAAAUCUAUCAAUGUUCAUAAAGAUUACAAUCAUCCGAAGUUUAGAAAUGACAUUGCAAUAAUACGUUUGGAUAAGCCCGCUAUUUAUAAUGAAUUUGUAAUACCUAUUUGUAUGCCGCAUAGUGAUUUGCUUAAAAAAGAUUAUACCGGUGAAAUGGUGGAAGUUGCUGGCUGGGGAAUAUACGACAUAGAAACUUCUAAAUCAAGCAAAUUGCUUCAAACGAUCACAAUGCCGAUCCAAGAAACGAGAAAAUGUAAGGAAAUUUUUAAAACGCGUGCUACAAUAAGCGAUCAACAAAUAUGCGUUGGAGGUGUUAUCGGUAUAGAUUCCUGUCGUGGAGAUAGCGGUGGACCUCUAAUGAAAGUGGAAACUAUUGACGAAUUACCAAAAUAUUACAUCAUCGGAAUCGUUUCUUUCGGUGUUCAAGAUUGUGGUGCCACAACAAGUCCUGGUGUUUACACCAAAAUAUCUCAUUACAUCAUUUGGAUACUUGAUAAUAUUAAUUCAUAAAAUAUCCAUCGAAUAAUAUAUAUAUAUUUAGAUAUAUUGUUAAUAUUAUAUAAUAGAAUGAAAUAACGGGUUCUUAGGAAAGUCUUAACUUUUUGUAUUUAUUGUGAAUGUUAUAUCGAAAUACCUAGUAAUUUUAUACGUAGGUAAUUUACCUUGGAAAAGAGUCCAUGCCCAUUCAUUUGAAUUCUGCUUAAAAUUACCAGGAAGAAUA